UUCUUGGCGUUACUCAACGUUUUGCUAGCGAAACUACUUUUCUUGUUGUGUCCGCGUUUUGUAGGUAAAUUAAGUCAAUUUUAAGUGUACUUCUCUACCUCAAAUUCUGCGGCAUGGCGGGGAACUUCUGGCAGAGUUCUCAUUAUCUGCAGUGGGUCCUGGAUAAGCAGGACCUCAUGAAAGAGCGCCAGAAGGACCUGAAGUUCCUCACGGAGGAGGAAUACUGGAAGCUGCAGAUUUUCUUCGCCAAUGUGAUCCAGGCCUUGGGUGAACACUUGAAGCUGCGGCAGCAGGUCAUCGCUACUGCAACCGUGUACUUCAAACGCUUCUACGCCAGGUAUUCUUUAAAAAGUAUAGAUCCAGUACUCAUGGCUCCUACAUGUGUUUUCCUGGCUUCUAAAGUUGAGGAAUUUGGAGUUGUGUCCAACACCAGGCUGAUCUCUGCAGCCACAUCUGUGUUGAAAACAAGAUUUUCUUAUGCUUUUCCAAAGGAGUUCCCUUACAGAAUGAAUCAUAUAUUAGAAUGCGAGUUCUACCUUUUGGAGUUGAUGGAUUGCUGCCUGAUUGUGUACCACCCCUACAGACCUCUAUUGCAGUAUGUUCAAGAUAUGGGUCAGGAAGACAUGCUUCUGCCUCUGGCAUGGCGAAUAGUGAAUGACACAUACAGGACAGAUCUCUGUUUGCUGUACCCUCCCUUCAUGAUCGCCCUGGCCUGUCUUCACGUUGCUUGUGUGGUGCAGCAGAAAGAUGCCAGGCAGUGGUUCUCAGAGCUCUCUGUGGACAUGGACAAAAUCCUGGAGAUUAUACGUGUCAUUUUGAAGCUCUAUGACCAAUGGAAAAACUUUGAUGACAGAAAGGAGAUAGCUGCUGUCCUGAAUAAGAUGCCAAAACCCAAACCACCUCCUAACAGUGAGAGCGAUCAGAGCUCCAAUGGGAACCAAAGCAACUCCUACAGCCAGUCUUAGCACAGUGUCUGUAUUCCUGUGGGAAUCCGUAACGUUGACUUUGGGACUGGUGAAAUAAACACAACUCAACCUUUUGCAGUGUCACUUCAACAAAGCCGAUCAAGAUGUCCGUUCAUCAUCAGUGGACACCCCAACAGACUGAGAGCCCACGUCUUCACCCCCCUCAUCCCUGAUAUUUAUGGAUAGCCCUGUGACAGCACACAGUGAUGUCUUGAUGUGACUCUUCUUUUGACUUGAAAUGAACUAAAACUGAGGAACAUCCGAGAGGCAGGAAGGAGAAAAUGGACGAUAGAACAGAUGUGAUAGUUAAGUAAAAACAUUCAUGUCAUUUUUCUGAUCCUGACAUCCUUGAACAGCCCAGAGGAGUGAGUCAUUUCACGUGAAGCUCUAUGGGAUUUGAGAAAACUUGAUCACGAGUACUGUGUCUGCACAUGCGUGUGUGUGAAGUACAUGUUAGAGGCCAAGCUGUGUGGGUUUUUCUUCCUCAGGGAUUGCAGUAGUCUCUCUGUUAAAUUGAAAUGAUUGUGCUGUAAAGCGAAUGAUUCGGUUUCCUCUGUGCAGUUUGGGUAAGAUGGGGACACUUGCUUCUGGAGGGUGCAUGUUUGAUUCAAGCUUUAUAGCUGAAAGUAUCCCAAGAGAAGCCCCUGUUUAUGGUAGAAAUGACGACCUUGAAUACAUUUACUGUGUUUUAAUAACUCACUUCUUUCCUCCCAUUCCCUCCUCUUUUGUAAAUAGUCUUAUGUUCAUUUAUAUUUUAGUCGAGGAACUUUGUGGAAAUCUUGAGUUGGUUUAAUUUCAAGCUUAAAUUCAGAUGAAUGUGAUUUUUGUUUUAUUGCCUCUGUUUUUGUUUUCCUGGUGCAGAGCUUAUUCUUCUUGUUUUUAGAUUUAUUUUUUCAUGGUCAAAUAUGCUGUUUUUUUUAUGAAAAAAUUUGACCAUGAAAAUGCUAUUUCUUUGUAGAGUUUUUUUUUAUUUCAUUUAAACUGAAAAUGACUUCUUCUUUUGUGUAAAUGCAAAUCACUAUCGUCCUAAAUUUGACAGAGUUUCUUAUAUGUCCUCUACCAUCUAUUAAAUCAUCAAAUUGUGACAACAUAGUUGUGCAUACACAUGUAGAUGUCUACUUUUGUUGGUGUGAGACUGUGUAAACUGUGAGUGGAUAACUUCAGAACAAGGUGCUUGAAAGCCUUACAAAAUAAAAGCUGCUGGUUAUGGAGAAUUAUCAGCACAAUGUCUCAUUCA